GGUAACUUCCCACAAGGGGUAUUCCAGCCUUCCAGGGGAAGUCCGGAACAAACUUCUGCAGCUCCCGGCGAGCGAAGAGGAGAAAUGAUGGGCGCGGCGGGAGGCGAAAGGAGGAGGCGAGAUUGGAAGAAGUCGAUUAAGAACUUGGCACCAACUUCUUCUUCUUCUUUGCCUCAUUUUUCCCCAAUCAGCAGUCUCGAUGAUGGCUGCCUUAUGCACAUCUUCAGCUUCUUAUCUCCGAGCCCAGAUCGGUAUAACACCGCCCUGGUUUGCCACAGAUGGCGUUACUUGGCAUGUCAUCCUCGCCUAUGGCUCAGAGUAGACCGUUCUGUGAAAGAUCUCGAAGAACCUGGAGUCUUCCCCAGUAUCGAGACUGCUGUUUCUGCUGCGAGACCUGGAGAUACCAUUCUAAUUGCAGCAGGAGGGAGUCAUUUUGCCUCUAAUAUUCAGAUAGAUAAACCACUUUGCCUGGUUGGUGGAGGAGAUAUCCCAGAUGAAACAACACUUCUGUGCUGUAGAGGUUCGGACAGCGCGCUGGAGUGCAUUUCGUCUUGCAAAUUGAUGAACCUAACUGUGAGAGCGGAGCUUGGUUGUUGCUUGCUUCAUAGAAGUGGGAGGCUGACCAUAGAUGGUUGUAUACUUCUGUGUGAAUCUAACCCUCUGGACUACCUCUCAUGCCCUAUCGUGAGCACAGCAGGUGCCACCGGGCUUGAAGUCUUGGCUUCUUCCACUUGCAAGAACAAAAAUGGCAGCAAUAAUAGUGUUGCUGUGUCUGAAACCCGAAUAGAAGGGGGUGCCAAGGCUGUACUCACAAAUGGAGACCUGGCUUUGCAACGUGUUCGUGCUAUAUAUGCUCGCGCUUGUGUCUACUUCUGGUUUGAUGUAGACCAUAAAUGAUGUAUGCAUAGCCCUUUUGGAUUUUUUUGCGUUGUAAGAUAAAAUAGAUGCCUACAUUUGCUUCAAAUGUGUUAUUGUUGUACCAAAUCGUUAUCUUUUUCAAACAAAUAAUCAAGUUCUUCCGUUCUCAUAAUA